AUGGCAGAAUAUGCCAACAGUGCAGGUGUCCCCUCCUUGAAUGCAGCACUAAUGCAUACAUUACAGCGACAUAGAGAUAUACUGCAGGACUAUACACAUGAAUUCCAUAAAACCAAAGCAAAUUUUAUGGCAAUACGGGAAAGGGAGAAUCUUAUGGGAUCAGUGCGAAAAGAUAUUGAGUCAUAUAAAAGUGGAUCUGGAGUGAAUAACAGGACAACUGAACUAUUUUUGAAAGAACAUGACCACCUUCGAAACUCAGAUCGCCUGAUAGAAGAAACAAUAAGCAUUGCUAUGGCAACAAAAGAAAAUAUGACUUCACAGAGAGGAAUGCUAAAGUCAAUUCACAGCAAAAUGAACACUUUGGCCAAUCGUUUUCCUGCUGUGAACAGCCUAAUCCAGAGGAUCAACCUCAGGAAGAGGCGAGACUCACUCAUCCUGGGCGGGGUCAUCGGGAUCUGCACUAUCCUGUUGCUGUUGUACGCUUUCCACUGAUGGCGCACCUCAGGGACUCGGCAUCCACCACCUUCAAGCCCUGAUCUGGAAUAAGGAAAGUAGGAAGGAGAAGUCGGUUGUCCAUCCCAAUCCUGAGCCUGACCAGCCAGAUGAAUUGGAAAUUUAGAGCAGUGGGCUCUGACAUUGGCAGGUUGAGCCGAAGCCAUGGUCUUUCUGCUGUAAUUUAAAAAGCAACACAGCAACAAAGGUGUUCAGUUGCUUUUGUCUCCCUGGAAGCCAGGUAAACCAAUCAAAAGCAGAGUACCUGUGCUGGACUCCUCAUGAAACCAGGUUCUGCCACAUCCAAAGACUGCUUUCCUGUCAGCCACCAGAUUGGGUUGUGAAUAAAAAUAAUUCUUAUCCUUUUAUUUAACACUCGUGAUGAGAAAUCACAAGUCCUUUCAUGAUGAUCUGUGCUGUAGAUUUCUACUCUUGUCCCAACUCUCUUGGGAGUGAAGAAAAAUUUUUCACUGAUCCUUUGAGAUACUAACAGGCCAAUUUCAUCAUGUUUGAGGUGGUCUGAACUGGAGAACACUGUGCAAAACAGGGGGUCUCUUUUUUUUUUUUUUUUAAAGAAAUUGUAUGUACAAUGGGGUUGACUAUUGCUAGAAAAGUGUCAAAAGUGACUGGUCCUUUUUUCAAGAAGCCAGUCAUUAUGUUGAUUUUUUUGUUGUUGUUGUUUAAUUUCGUCCAUUGGAUUAAAUUUGCUACUAUAAGAUAAUGAAAUUUUAGUUCCUUUAUGGCAAAAGAAACUAAUAGCCAUUGUCUGUCAAUGCCCCUAACUUUUCCUCCUCAGGCCAGGAUUAACCCCGGAAACUGAGGGGAGGGGAUGGCAUGAUUUUCAGUGAGAGCUGUUCAACAAGCCACAUGUGAAAAGACUUUAAGGGGUUGCUCUCCAGAAAAUUCCAUUUUAUUAAGUGCUCUGAAACUUAGGAGCAAGUUUUAGAACUUUUGCCUUAUGUUCCAGGAAUUCUGUAUUUUCUGUAAAAGUCUAUUCAUUCCAGAUUGGUUAAGCUUUUCCAGACCUCCAGACAACCGUUUCACUGUUGAAGGUCUUUUGGCCAAUUCUGUGUCUCUAUACCAGGACAGUGACAGAACUGUCAACUACCCAACCAAAAUUUGUUUCAAGUUUAACAAUUUCUUGAAAAUUUAUGAAAAGUUUAUGAAAGUUGAUUAAUUGCUUAUGGAACUACCAGAUAUUUUAAAGAUUUCCAAACAUCUUGCUUCUCACCAAGAGAAAAGGCUGCUUUCCCCCGCUGGAUUGAACUGUGGUGGUUCCAGGAGAAUAAAAGGGUAUUAGCAUGUGGUUCUUCAAUGCGUCUUGGUGUGGAGAACGUGCUGUUCAGGCAGACUUGAUUCUGCCUUAUGGGGAGACUAACACCUGGUCUGGGACAGAGACUGAGAGGUUUGUCAUCCUGGGUAUAAAAGGCAUUCGAUAUAUUUUUCUUAAUUAUGAGGUUUAUUUUUCUAAAUAUGGGUUGAUUAUCAGUUUGUU